AUGGCCCUGCCCUGCUCCUCCUUGGUGGCCCUGGUGGUGCUCAGCUGCCACUCCCUCGGCUCUCUGGGAUGUGACCUGCCUCGGGACCACAGCGUGCUGAACUGGAGGGCCCUGAUGCUCCUGAGACAAAUGAAGAGAAUCUCCCUUAUCUCUUGUGACAAGUACAUAAAUGACUUUGCCUUUACCAAGAAGGUAUUUCACAGCAAGCAGCUGCAGAAGGCUCAAGCCCUCUCUGUCAUCUAUGUGAUGAAGCAGAAGAUCUUCCACCUCUUCUGCACAGAGGCCUCACCUGCUCCUUGGAACACGACCCUCCUGGAGGAAUUGUGCUCAGGAAUUUAUCAGCAGGUGAAUGACCUACAAGCCUGUCUCAUGCAGGAGGCAGGGGUGGAAGAGAUGGCCCUGGUGAAUGGGGACUCCAUCCUGAGGAACUACUUCCAGAAAAUCUCCCUCUAUCUACAAGAGAAGCAAUACAGCCUUUGUGCCUGGGAGAUGGUAUGA